GUCGACAAGGUCCUGGACAAGACCGGGAUGAAGGGAACCGGGAAGUGGACAGUGCAGCAGGCCGCUGAGCUCUCUGUGGCUGCUCCUACCAUUGAGGCGUCCUUGGACUCCAGGUUCCUCAGCGUGCUCAAGGACGAGAGGGUGGCUGCUUCCAAGAUCUUCCAGGGUGACUACAGCAGCGGCGAAACUGUUGACAAGGCACAGCUGAUCGAGGAUGUGAGGAAGGCCCUCUACGCCUCCAAGAUCUGCAGCUAUGCCCAGGGCAUGAACAUCAUCAAGGCCAAGAGCACGGAGAAGGGAUGGGGCCUCAAGCUCGGCGAGCUGGCCAGGAUCUGGAAGGGCGGGUGCAUCAUCCGUGCCAGCUUCCUCGACCGCAUCAAGAAGGCCUAUGACAGGAACGGUGAGCUCGCCAACCUCCUCAUCGACCCCGAGUUUGCCCAGGAGAUCAUGGACAGGCAAGCCGCGUGGCGGAGGGUCGUCUGCCUCGCCAUCAACAACGGCGUCAGCACCCCCGGCAUGUCUGCGAGUCUGGCAUACUUCGACUCCUACCGGAGGGACAGGCUUCCUGCCAACCUCGUCCAGGCCCAGAGCAUAGUAGCCGGAAACGGGGAACGGACUCAACAGUCAACACCUGUUCUGAACCUGAAUAAGCUGAGGCAGCCGCUGUUCUGCUCGGCCUUCAACACCGAUCUGAUCUACGAGGAGCUGAGAAUAGCUACGCGAAGAAACCAGGGACCAGGCCAAUGCGUCCCAUCAGCCAUACAGAUGCUGGACUCAACUGUCUUUGAUUGGGCGUUUCCUGGUGCAGGUCCUGCAGAGACGGGUCUAAGAAGUGCGCAAACCGAGCUCAAAGGCGUACUUUACACAAUGGAGAAGCUGCGGAGGCAGGUUUGCUACUCUGCUUCUGCUUUUGGAUUGUUUCCUUCUUCAUUCACUGACUCACCAUGUGGCGGAGGAGGAACCGUGCCGCACCUCGCAUGCAAUAUUUGUGGCCAGAAGCUCGCGGCGGCGUAA